AUGACCAUGAAAAUGGUACAGGAAGACUACCAGUUACAUGGAACCAUAAUUCAUAAAGGUUUCAAAGGUGACCAGAAUAAAAUUAACAGUAGUGAGGGAAUUAUGCUCACCUAUUUAAUUAAAGAAAAGAAAUGCAGCGCGUUCCACUCGAGUAUUCCAAUCACAAGCAUUAGCUCCGAGGGACAAAGGACCUUUGACAGCUCCCGCGGAGGAGCAACAUGGAGCAAUCAGCCGCGGCCAAGAGCUGUCACCCUGAACUUGUCAAGUGUCAACUAUCUGGGAAGCCCUAUCGGUUUCCGAGUGGGUAUUUGGUGGAAACUAAAACAGCUACUUGAACAUUUUUAUGUUUGUGAAGGCUGGAGCAUUCCUCGUGGUCUCAUUUACCAGUUUUACCUGGAAUAUUGUAACCACAGUAGAUUAAACCCAAUAAAUGCAGCUACCUUUGGGAAGCUUGUUCGUUCAGUGUUUAGUGAUCUGAGAACUAGGCGACUGGGUACAAGAGGGUGUGCAAGAUAUCACUAUGAAGGAAUAUGCGUGAGACCACAUUCUCAUCUAUAUGGUCGGUACUCAUCUCUGAUGACCAAUAAACAAUUUGAAAGGGGUGGAAACAAGUCCCGAGAUCACAACUUCUGCUCUUUUCCUCUUGAAUUUGCUGAACAAGCAGUGACAGAAAGUUUUUGUGGUUCUACCUGCGAAUUAACACGGUUUACUUCCUGGGAGCAAGAAUUAGAGAAAAAAUAUUCUACUCAAAUGUUUACUGUAGUUGCAGAUUCAUAUUAUAACCACUGCCAGGAAAUCCUGCAGCAUAUUAGAAGCAAUCAACUUGACAAGGUCAGAAAUCUCCUUUCGUUGUUCUGGGAGUCAUUCACAUAUGAUGCCAUCAAUACAUCCUUCCCAGAUAUAUGCCAGCUUUUCUGCUCUUAUGAUGCACAGCUGUACAAGAUUAUAGAAGAAAUUCUUCUUCGCGAUUUUCUAGGUGACUUUUCUGUCCAACAUCUUCAGAGUGCUAGAUACUUUGCCAAAAAGUUUAAAAGUUGGCUAACUGAUGCACUGGAGGGCACACCAUUGCUACUACAAUCACUGAAAAUGAGAGCAGCAAAUAUGUUUGUCAAUCGACUACGAAGAAGAACUUGUAUUUGCAAUCUAGCAAAGAGCAUGCACAUAGUUUUAAAUAAUCAUAGAAUGGUCAGCACUUUAAGAACUGACCUGCGUGCUAUUAUUAGUCAGGGGCUGUUGAAUAUCCCGAGCAAAUCUACAAAAACAUUAAACUGUUCACUAGAAGAAGUGGGCUGCAGUUUUGAAUGGAAAUGUUUUGAUAGUUUGUUAGCUUUGCUGGAUACUGCAGCAGAUAUUAGAGCUUACUUUCAGUGUGUGUCAACCCUUGUGCAUCUCUUUGUGUUUCAGCCCAGCAACUUCAGGGGAGAAGAGUUCACACAGUUAGCUGCAAAUUUCCAGCUGAGAUGGAACUACUUCCUGUCUGCGAUAAGUCGUGCUUUAACACUGUCAAACGCAGAGUCAUUUGGAUCUUGGCACUUGGUGAAUCUUCUCAUUUCUGAGUACUUGACUCAUGUACUUCAGUCCUACAUGGAAGAAGAGAUGGAAAAAUCAGUACCAGAAAGAAUGGAUCAACUUUCACAUGACACAAUUCAGGAACCAGACUUAGAGUCCGUUCUUAAAAAAUAUUCAGUGCCAUCGGAGUCGCUUAACGUAAAAUCAGAACAAACGGGUGACAAAGACCUUAAUCUGCAAAACAUUACAAUCAAACCUUUGGGCUUUAAGGUUGAUACAUUGACUGGCAACAAGUUAAUUCAGGUGUUGGUUGAAGAUGAGCCAAGUAAAAGUACUCUUAAACUGAAUCUGUCAUUAGGGAAGAAAGCAGUUGUCACUUUAAAGAAUGGUCAGACAUUUGAAAUCCACACUUCCAGGAUGCAGCAAUAUGUUGCUGGUGAUGUGCAAACAUAA